AUGUCCGAAGGAAAAGGAAGCCUCAAGGAGGCCGAACUCGGUAACCAGGCCGUUAAUGGCGAUGCCGCCUCCGACAUCGACAACGCCUGGCAGUUCCUCCAGGAGAACCGCGAUGUCACUGAAGCGAGCGCGACCGAAGAGGAGCUGAAGGCUCUUCGCCGCAAGAUCGAUUGGCACAUCGUGCCGAUCAUGUUCUGCUGUUAUACCAUGCAGUUCCUCGACAAGGUUAUCCUCAACUAUGCCGCUGUCAUGGGAAUCCAUGCGGAACUCAAGCUUCAGGGCAAUGAUUUCUCCAACGUCGCCACCUUCCUCUUUGUCGCACUUCUCGCCUUCGAGGUACCAAACAUCUACUUCCUCCAGAAGGUCCCUGCCGCCAAGUGGCUCGGUCUCAACGUAAUCUUGUGGGGAACCGCCACCGCUUGCGGUGCUGCUGCUACCAACUACCAGACCCUCCUCGUGUCUCGUGUGUUCCUCGGUAUUUUCGAGGCGACUAUCGCUCCCUCGCUUCUGCUCAUCAGCAGCCAGUGGUACACCAAGUCCGAGGCGGCUCCCCGCUUCUCGUUCUGGUACCUUGGUCUCGGUCUCGGCCAGAUCCUCGGUGGUGCCGUUUCCUAUGGCUUCCAGCACAUCGCGCCCGGUGCCGCCCUGUCGGGAUGGAGGGUCAUGUUCGUCACCCUCGGCUGCCUCACUGUUGCCAUUGGUCUCUGGACCAUCUUGCUCCUGCCCGACACCCCCAUGAAGGCCAGCUGGCUCAGCAAUGAGGAGAAGGUGAAGCUCCUCAAGCACGUCAGUGUCAACCAGACCGGUAUCGAGAACAGGAAGUUCCGUCCCAAGGAGAUUCUGGAGGCCCUCAUGGACCCCCAGCUCUACCUGCUCCUCCUUGCUGUCAUUCUCCUGUCCGUCUCUAGCGGUGUCGUCACCACCUACUCUGCCACUCUCAUCAGGGGAAUUGUCAAGGACCCCAAGCGGGCUGCCCUGAUGAACAUGCCUUCCGGUGCUGUCAGCAUCUUCUUCACCCUUUUCGUCGGUUUUGCCAUUCGUCGCAACUCUAACCGCUGGCUUUGGAUCAUCUGCUGCAUCAUCCCUGCUAUCAUCGGUGGUGCCUUGAUGUCCUUCUAUUCCCAGAACAGGGCUGCUGCUCUUGCCGGCAUCUACCUCGUCAACGCUGUUGUUGCCCCGCUUGCAGUGUUCUACAACUGGACCGCGGCCAACUUCGGUGGUGCCACCAAGCGUGCUUUCGCCGCUGCCCUUCUCAGCGGUUCCUUCUCCAUCGGCAACAUCAUCGGUCCCCAGACGUUCCAGGCCCGUGACGCCCCCGACUAUCGCCCCGCCAAGAUUGCCGUCAUGGCUACCCAGGCUGGCUGCGCUCUUGUCACCUUUAUCCUCUUCCUCUACUACCAAUGGCAGAACAAGAAGCGAGGUGCCGCCAUUGAGUCGGAGGAUUCGUACAUGGCGCCCGAGGUGUGGGCCAACAUGACGGAUCGUGAGAACAAGAAGUUCAAGUACUCGUACUAA